AUGAUCCAUCCGCUCACCGCCUUCCUUAUCGGUCUCGUCACAGCUCCCCCAGCACAGCACUCGACGCAACACAGAACAAGGACACGACUAAACACCAAGGCCGCCGUCGCCAGGCUCCCGUCGCAUCGUCGCAUCGUCGCAUCGCCCUUCACUCGACCGAUCAACCUCACCACCCAUCCCCCACCGCAUGCAGCACCAACCGCCGCCAUCCUCCUCAUCAACGCCGUAGCAAUCCUCUCCGAAGACCGCUUCCUCGCCCGCAUCAACCUCUCCCCCGCCUCCUACGACCCAGCCUUCGGCCAGGGCGCCGACGCCAGCGUCAAGGCCAAGAUCAUCAACCUCAUCGCCAGCGUCAGGACCCUCAUGAGAAUACCCCUGAUAGGCAUCAACACGAUUGUCAUUCUGUACGAGCUCGUCCUCGGAUAA